AUGGCGACGGACGGCGGCGACCCAAAAACCAGGAAGACGAGGGCAGCUUCAGGGCGGAGGAAGAAGCCCGCGAUGGCGGCUGAGGUGGCGGCGCCGCCUCCGGAGCCCGGGAAGAAGAUGAAGCGGCGGAAUGAGAUUGACGACAUCUUCGAGGAGGUGAGGAGGAAGAAGAAGGCGGUGAUGGACCAGGAGGAAGAAAAGUUGAGAAAAGGGAAGAGAAAGAAGAACGAUGAGGCGGUGGCGCCGCCGGCACCCGGGAAGAAGAUGAAGCGGCGGAAUGAGAUCGACGACAUCUUCGAGGGGGCUAGGAGGAAGAAGACGGCGGCGAUGGAGGAGAAGAAAAAGAUGAGUAAAGGGAAGACGAAGAAGAAGGAGGAGGUGGCGGCCCCGCGGGUGCCCCUCUCCUCCGCCAGCACCGGUGCCGCCGGGGAGAAGAAGCCCAGGCGGAAGACGGCGGACGGACUGGCGAUCUACUCGGCGGAGGAGCUGGGCGUGGCGAACCCAGACGCCGGAGGAACCCCUAUGUGCCCCUUCGACUGUUCUUGCUGCUUCUAG